AUGUUUCAAUUAUUAAAUUUAUUAGCCAGUUUAAGUCCAGAAUUAUAUUUAAACGGAAAUCGUAUUAUUACUGAUGCCUGUCCAGUUUAUGCUCCAUUCUUUGGUGCUAUGGGUAUUGCUGGUGCUUUAAUUUUUACAGUUAUGGGUGCUGCUUAUGGUACCGCUAAAGCUUCAGUUGGUAUUUCAAAUAUGGGUGUUUUAAAACCAGAUCUUGUUAUUAAAGCUUUCAUUCCAGUCAUUUUUGCUGGUGUUAUUGCUAUUUACGGUCUUAUUAUUUGUGUCAUUCUUGUCGGUGGUAUUAAAGUAGAUAAACCAUACACUCUCUUAAAGGCAUUCACUGAUUUAGGUUCUGGUUUAACUGUCGGUCUUUGUGGUCUUGCUGCUGGUUGUGCCAUCGGUAUUGUCGGUGAUUCUGGUGUCAGAGGUUUCGGUCAACAACAAAAAUUAUACGUUAUUAUGAUGCUUAUUCUUAUUUUCUCUGAAGCUCUUGGUCUUUACGGUUUAAUUAUUGGUAUUUUAUUAUCAUCAGUCUCAGACUCUUAUUGUCCAGGUAGUAUUUUAACUCCAAAUGGUUAUGUUGAUCUUUAA